UAACACUAGAUUAGCCAAUAUGGCAGACCCACGGACAAUAAAGAAGAAUUUAUUACAAGACUUAAUGCAAAGAGCACGUUCAUCAACACACUCAGCUAGUCCAGGUGGAGUAAAGUUUCUUGGAACGCAGAAUUUGUCUUUAAAAGGUAGCAGGUCAAGCCUUAGAUCACCAAAGAUUAAAUCUUCAUCUCGAUCUGGAAGUAAACGAUUACAUUUUCCAUCAGUUUUCCGAUCUAGCAAGCAGACGUCAUCCAGUCCUGUUGCUUCAAAAUCAGACUCUUUAAAAGAAAAUUCAAAGCGAGGAGGAGGCAAAAACAAGCGGCCAAAAAGUUUUUACGAAGAAGAGAAAAAAUCAUCCCCUUUGAUCAGUAAAAAUUCCACGAAUUUAAAAACAAAAGAAGAAACUGAGCUUGCAAAAAUAAGAGACAAAACUUUAGCGGAAAAAGUGCUACAAUCGGUUAAACAGAAACACACUCCGAGUAAAACAAAAACUGCUUCUAAAUCACAGCACUCAACUCCACAGCAUGUCCUUUACACCACGUUUGAAGAUAAUUCCUUAAAGUCACUUCUGCAAGAUAACGAAAGCAUAACUGUGGUACCUUGGAAGACUAGCAAGGGUAUUCCCGCAUCUCCAGGGAGGAGUAUUACAAAAGUGUCUUAUUGCAACUCGUGUGGCCAUGUUGACGAGAAAAACGAGACUAAACUUACAACUGACAAGACCAUUGUAGUUGAAAAACGUGAAAAAAUACAAGAAGAAAAUACUUCUAGUAAACAAACGAACAAUAAAGUAAAUAGGCUUAGUUUUAAAGCGAAUAAAAGCAAAGCCAAGAACAACACAAAAACUGGUCAACGACCAAAAAGUAGCGACAGCCUUGAGCCUCAAAAAAGGGCGGUGUUAUCGCCACAAACUUUCAAACGACGCCCACUAUUUCGAUCUUUUAGUGACCCAUCUGCAUCUCCGAGAAAAGACACAAAACCCAGAGUGUUAUAUCAACAAAAACAACAAGUAAAACAAGCAACAAUCACACAGACUCAAUCAUUUUACAGAAUAGGUAUCCGUCGAAGACAUACUGACAGCGAUUUAGACAAUUCAAACAGUCUUGCGGACAAAGAAAUCGCUUUGUGGAACGACCAAAUCAAAAACAGUGCAUCAGUAUUUGCUGACUCAUCAAUUCCAGCUCCAAAAUCAAGUGACUCACAUCUUUCAACAAGCGCUAAAAAUAUGAUGCCCAAGGUAAAAAACGGGGGUGUGGGAGACAUUUACCCCCUUUUAAAAACUAAAAUUCCGGAGGAAUAUACACAAGAGGAUGGGAGCGUAACAUAUCGCAAAGGGGUAGCGGAGGGUGUUCAAAAAAUUGAAGCCGAUCGGGACUCUGGGGUUGAUGUUGACAACAAAGCAUUGUGUCAAAACAAUUCAACUGAUGAAAAUGAAGACUAUGACAUAGACAAUGAAACAAUGACAACCCCAGAUAGUGCUCUCGAGUCAUCUUCAGUGCAAGAUGAUUCAGAAUUUGACUUUAGCACUUUAAAGCGACCAACCAAGCAUGCAACAAUGCCCAAACUGUCCUCAACCAAUCAGGAGAAAGAUGAAAAUAUUAAAGAGGAAGAUGAUGAAGGUGACAGUGACACUUUGAAAAAGGGAUUUACAAUAUCUAUAAGAGAUAACGGCAAGUGGGAUAUGUACGCAUUACUACGUCGCUUCGAAAGCGUGGAAUGGGAGUUAAGUCCGGCGGAAAACAUGAAACGACAAACAUUAGAUUUAGAUAAUUGUAACCUGGACUGUGUACCGGCUGCUGUGACAGAGAUUGAGUAUUACGCAUUCAGAGAUGUUGAAGCUGUGAGUUUAAACCACAACAGCAAGAUAGAGAAUGCAGAUGUGCUUGGCAAACUUGCUGAUCUCCGGAUAAUCAACAUGUGGGGAUGCAAUUUGAAAGCAAUCCCACAAACAUGGUCGAGACUAUCAAAGCUGCAGAUGCUGGGUCUUGGAAACAACAAAGAAUUAUCGAGCUUUGGUCCUUUGAAGCAUUUAACAAAUAUUAUAUGGUUGGAUCUGGGUGGAUGCAAUUUGAAAAAGAUUCCUGAUGUUGUGCUGAACAUGAUGAAAUUAAAAGUCCUUGCUCUUGGUGGAAAUCCAGGAAUUGAAAUCGGUGAUGAAAUCUGUAGUUUAUGGGAUUUAAAGAAACUAGGACUCAAUGAUUGUGAGCUUGAAGAAAUACCAAAGUCUGUAUUCAGUUUGAUUAAGCUGACUCAUCUGCAUUUGGAUAAUAAUUACAUUUGCCAAAUCAAUCAAGAAAUUGUGCAACUGACGGACUUAGAAGAACUAACAGUUACUGGCAACCCUGGAAUAACAUUUCCAAAACUAUUAAGUCAGUGCGACACAAUACGCUGCAUUAUCGUGGACUCAGGAAAAGAUUUGUCCCGCGUUUCUGGAACUUUAAAAAGCAGAAUGCGACAAAUGCCAACUGCUACAAGUCCUGUGAAGGAGCCAGCCCCGAAACCAAGGAACAUGUCUUACUCUUGAUGAAGAAAAGCGAAAGAA